CGCCCGGCAGCCUUCCCUUACAUUAGCACACUGCUAACGUUAGCCACAUAGCUCUGUGUGAAAAUGUCAGAAGCGAAAGCAAUGAUGUCAGAUUCCACACUCCCGCUGACUACUUUGAUUCUGGGGCGACAGCAUUUUGAGCUGCACUGAGUUCGAGUGAGGUGUGGGUGACCAGUGGAUGCAUAGAGUCAAGAAGGUCAAACUUUGUGAGACUAAAGAGGGUAUUUGGAAAAGUUGUGUGACGGUGAACAUGACGGCAGUCGACGGCCUUACAGACAGCACAGAGGUGGUAGAAAUGGAGGACGUACCAUCGCAGUAUUUUGUGGAGAAACACUCUUGGGAUGGCCUCCGGGAUAUCAUCCACUGUAGCAGGAAGUACUCGGGCAUCAUCGCCAACAAAGCCCCACAUGACUUUCAGUUUGUCCAGAAAAAGGAUGAGAACGGUCCCCACUCCCACCGGUUAUACUACCUCGGAAUGCCUUACGGAAGUAGAGAGAACUCUUUGCUCUACUCAGAAAUCCCUAAGAAGAUCCGUAAAGAGGCCCUUCUAGUGUUGUCAUGGAAACAAAUGCUGGAUCAUUUCCAGGCCACACCGCAUCAGGGGGCCUACUCUCGAGAGGAGGAGUUGCUGAGAGAGCGCAAACGUCUGGGAGCGUUUGGUAUUACCUCUUACGACUACCACGCUCAGACAGGCCUGUUCCUUUUCCAAGCCAGCAAUAGCCUGUUUUAUUGCAAGGAUGGAGGCAACAAUGGCUUCAUCCAGUCUGCUCCUGUUAAGCCUGUAGAGAUCAAAACCCAGUGCUCAGGGACCAGGAUGGACCCCAAGAUCUGCCCUGCAGACCCCGACUUCAUAGCUUUUAUCAACAAUAACGAUCUGUGGAUGGCCAACAUAAAGACGGGCGAGGAACGCAGACUCACUUAUUGUCAUAAAGGCGUUGACAAUGUUAAAGAGGACCCCAAGUCUGCAGGUGUAGCAACAUUUGUAAUCCAGGAAGAGUUCGACCGCUUCACUGGCUACUGGUGGAGUCCCACGGCUGUGGAAGAGCCAAGCAGAGGCAAAACCAUGUAUCUGCUCUAUGAAGAAGUGGAUGAGACGGAUGUAGAGAUUAUCCAUGUUCCCUCUCCGGCCUUAGAGGCGCGGCAAGCCGAUGCAUACAGAUAUCCUCGCACAGGUAGCAAAAAUCCCCAAGCCACACUUAAGCUAGCAGAGAUAAAAACAGACCUCCAGGGCAGAAUAGUGAGCACACAAGACAAAGAACUGGCUGUUCCUUUUAACUCCUUGUUCCCAGGGACAGAAUACAUCGCCAGAGUAGGGUGGACAAGUGAUGGAAAAUAUGGCUGGGCAGUGCUGCUUGACCGCAGUCAACGGAGACUCCAGCUGGCUCUGUUGCCUCCAGCUCUUUUUAUCCCCGUCACCGACGACCCCGCUCAGAGGCUGGCCAGUCUGGAGGCCGUGCCCAGCAACAUUCAGCCUUACAUCAUUUACGAGGAGACCACAGAUGUCUGGAUCAAUGUUCAUGAUAUAUUUUACCCUUUUAUUCAAACAACAGAUGAAGAAUUUAGUUUCAUUUGGAUCAAUGAGUCUAAAACAGGCUUCAGCCAUCUGUAUAAAAUCAUCUCCCUCUUACAACCAUCCUGCAACCAAUGGUCAGAAGAUUUCCAGCACAUAGACGGACAAUUUAAGUGUGCGAUCAAGGAGGAGGUUGCUUUGACAAGUGGUGAGUGGGAGGUGCUGGCGAGGCAUGGCUCCAAGAUCUGGGUAAAUGAGGCCACCAAGCUGGUUUACUUCCAGGGUACCAGAGACACACCCCUGGAGCAUCACUUGUAUGUGGUUAGCUAUGAUUCACCUGGAGAUGUGGUCAGGUUAACCAAGCCUGGAUUCUCUCACAGCUGCUCUGUUAGUCAGAAUUUUGACUUCUUUGUGAGUCACUACAGUAACGUGAGCACGCCCCCUUGCGUUCACGUCUACAAACUGAACUCCUCCGAAGGCGACCCGCUGCACACGUUGCCGGAGUUUUGGGCCAGCAUGAUGGAGUCGCCAGGUUGUCCUGGGGAUUACAAUCCGCCUGAGAUUUUCGACUUCCCUGGCAAGUCUGGCUUCCAGCUCUACGGGAUGGUCUACAAACCUCACAACCUGCAGCCUGGCAGGAAGCAUCCCACAGUUCUUUUUGUAUACGGAGGCCCUCAGGUUCAGCUGGUGAACAACACCUUCAAAGGAAUGAAGUACCUGCGGCUGAACACACUGGCUUCCUUAGGCUACGCCGUGGUGGUCAUUGAUGGGAGGGGCUCCUGUCAGAGGGGCCUGGAGUUCGAGGGAGCGCUGAAAAACAAGAUGGGUCAAGUGGAGAUUGAAGACCAGGUGGAGGGUCUUCAGUAUGUGGCCGAGAAGUUCAACUUUGUGGACCUGAGUCGUGUCGCCAUUCAUGGCUGGUCGUACGGCGGCUUCCUCUCUCUGAUGGGCUUAAUCCAGAGACCCAACGUCUUCAAGCUGGCCAUCGCAGGCGCACCGGUGACAGUGUGGAUGGCUUAUGACACUGGCUACACUGAGCGUUACAUGGAUGUGCCUGAGAACAACCACCAGGGCUAUGAGGAAGGAUCAGUGGCGCUGCAUGUGGACAAACUGCCCAGCGAGCCCAACCGUUUGCUGAUUCUUCAUGGAUUUCUCGAUGAGAACGUGCACUUUUUCCACACCAAUUUCUUAGUGUCGCAGAUCAUCCGAGCUGGGAAACCCUACCAACUUCAGGUUUACCCCAACGAGCGGCACAGUAUCCGCUGCCCCGAGUCUGGAGAACACUAUGAGAUCAUGAUGCUGCACUUUCUACAACAAUACCUCUAAGAAGAGACACAGUGGAAUCAAGAACCCCAUCCUCUCCCCCUCCAGUGCUGACCCAGGUUAACUUCUCCCUGGAGAGACUCACUGUAGCCACCUGCACCUCUCAGCUCCCCCCUUCACAUGCAUGCUCACUCUGACUCUUCUCCUCCGACGUCGAGAGUCUUCUCAGUACUCACCCAUGAGAUUGUGAUUUUUGCCAAACAAGUCGCCCCCUGUCCUUUCCUUGUGUUGGUGGUCGGGACCGGGUCACAGUUGACAGAGUCUAUACACAUAUUUACAGACGUUCUCUGACAUAAUAUACAAAUGAAAGAGUUUUAUCUCACACACCGACGCCGCCGCAGUUCAAGGUCUGAAGAAAGGAUCAGCGCCGCAGCUCUUCCUCUGUCCAUUUGUUUUAGUGUGUGUUAAAAAUAAAAUAUUUUUAUGAAUUUUAAUUGUUAUUUUUAAUGAUUGGGGGGCGGCAACGCCACUCACUGAUAAAUGUCUUUUUUUCCUUCUUUCCUCGUACAUGCUCGAGAUCUCCGCUUGCCUUCUUAACACAUAAUUUAUAUUUGCCAAAGUACCUCUUGACUCUUACUCAUGAUGGUAUUUUCAUUUUUUUACUGCAAUAUUAACAACAGGAGAGUGAGCACUGGAGUCUUACAACAGCUUUGUACCACCGGAAUACAAUUUGUACAUGACUAUGAAUAAAUGUAUGA